AUGGACAACGCGAGAACUUACCAAGUACCUAGCUUGUUGAAAACUGCGUACUACGCUUGCAACCAGAUCGAGCGUGAUAGGUACGACUCGCUGGAUGUACCGGACGUCGAUUUGCGAUCGUGUUGCGAGUCGCUGUUCGAAAUAUUAAAAAUCCCAAAAUCCCAAAAUGAGGACAGCGAUAGGCGCACCAUGAUCAUCAGGUCCCAUUUUGCAUUCACUGACAAGAUAUUAUAUAAAACAUGCGAGGAGGCAGAGUCGCACGGGCACAUAAAUUGCCUGAAACUCGCUCGCGAAAUCGGCCUCCCUUGGGAUGUAUGGUCCAGAGUGGCCUUCGAUAAGCCAUGUGACCGGACUGCGAGAUUGGGGUAUCUGGAGUGUCUAAAGUACGCUAGGGAAAAUGGAUGUUUUUGGGACGAGGAGACGUGCAGCAGCGCCGCCGAGAACGGUCACAUGGACUGCCUAGUUUACGCCCGGGAAAACGGAUGCCCUUGGGACGAGAAGACGUGCAGCAGCGCCGCUGAGAACGGUCACAUGGACUGCCUAGUUUACGCCCGGGAAAACGGAUGCCCUUGGGACGAGCAGACGUGCAGCAGCGCCGCUGAGAACGGUCACAUGGACUGCCUAGUUUACGCCCGGGAAAACGGAUGUCCUUGGGACGUGAUGACGUGCAGAAACGCCGCUGAGAAUGGUCACAUGGACUGCCUAGUUUACGCCCGGGAAAAUGGAUGUCCCUGGGACGAGUCGACAUGUUACAACGCCGCAUCUGGUGGACAUUUGGACUGCCUGGUUUAUGCCCGGGAAAACGGAUGCCCGUGGGAUAAGUGGACGUGCAGCAGCGCCGCGUACGGUGGUCACAUGGACUGUCUGAUUUACGCAAGGGAAAACGGGUGCCCUUGGGACGUGAUGACGUGCAACAACGCCGCGAAGAGGGGUCACAAGGACUGUCUGGUUUACGCGAUGGAAAACGGGUGCCAAUGGAAUGAUUUGACGUGCAAGUACGCUGCGUGGAAUGAUCACAAGGACUGCUUAGAUUACAUACGGGAAAACAGUCAUAAGAUUCGUACCCCCCUAUAG